CUUCCGUCAGCAUUUUAUUGUGCUUGCCUGUCUGUUUGGCCUGCUUAUUUUUUGUACACAUGUGCAGACGUCUUCUCAACUAGGAAGUAGCUGCUGCUACAGUAUCAGUGUAAAGAUGUCAUCAGCCUGAUGCACGAGACGAAACAUGACCUUGACCCAUAUAUCUCACUUUACAUUAACAAAAUCCACCAGUGUUCUCAUGAAUAUGCGGAUUGCAUUGCUGCUGCUCUCAGUAUGUUCAGAGACAGUCUUUUGCUUCAGUCAUGGAAAAGUUGAAGUGGCUUGUGGGGACAUGACACCCCAACAUGACUCUGACCCCAGCACCAAACAUCCACCAUUCAACAUCAUAGCAGACAAAUCCCAGUUCAGCCCAGGAGAUGAAAUCAAAGUGACAUUAUCAAUGGCGUCUUCAGAGGGCAAACAUUACUUUAAAGGAUUCCUCAUAGAAGCAAGAAAUGCUGGGGAUCUUAAUGAAAUCGUUGGAUCGUUUAAGUUAAUCAGUCCUGACAUAUCUCAGCUUCUUAAGUGUGACAAUAAAGAGGGCUCUGCUGUGAGUCAUACCAGUGAUUCCCAUAAGACUGAGGUCCAGGUGAUCUGGGUAGCACCAUCGGACUCUCCUUCCAGUGUGCAGUUUCUGGUAACUGUUGCUCGAGGCUAUAAAGAAUUUUGGGUGAAGAUUCCAGGUCCCGUGGUGUCCCAAAAUGGUGCAGCUCCUCCACCACAAACUACCUUUGGUGGGUCCAUUGGUGCCCAAACCACAACUUCCACAAUACUGUCACAUUCGUUCACUUCUGAGGGCUGUGGAGGCAGAAAGUCCUGUCUGAGAGAUCCAGAGGGCUGUGACCCACAAAAUGACACUACGUGUCACUUCCUGUCUUUUAGUGCAUUGGGAAGUAAUGUGAUGUUUGAGCUCAGUGGACCUGCAGAGGGUUAUGUGUCCUUUGCCUUAUCACAGGACAAAUGGAUGGGGAACGAUGAUGUCUAUUUGUGUAUCAGAGACACAGACAGAGUUGACAUCAAGGCUGCAUAUGUUUCUGGACGGACGCACCCGAUAAUCUCUUCACAGAACAUUUUGAAAGGCAUAGCAUGGAGGCUCUCAGAUGGAGUGAUUCAGUGUAGCUUCCGCAGAGACAUACACCUCCCACCUGAGAAUCUGAAUAGGUUCGAUCUGGACCAGAUGUACUACCUCUUUAUGGCUCAUGGUAGAGCUGAAGAUGGGCGAACCCAUCGACAUGACCACCAGCCUAUAAUUUCAACCUAUCGGGCAGCCAUAACGGGACCUCCUGAGGAUCUAACUGGUUCUCGAUCACCCCUGCUCAUCAAAUAUCAUGGGGCUUUCAUGCUGAUCGCCUGGACAUCGACGGUCAGUGCUGGUGUCAUCAUGGCACGAUACUUCAAACCUGAUUGGCCUGAAAGGAAUAUUUUGGGGCAGAAGGUCUGGUUUCAGUUACAUCGAAUGCUAAUGACCAUCACAGUUCUGCUCACCUUGGUCGGCUUUGUUUUGCCUUUUAUGUACAGAGGAGGCUGGAGCAAGCGUGCGGGCAUACACCCCUAUUUGGGCUGUGUUGUCAUGGCACUCGCUGUCAUCCAACCUGUCAUGGCACUUUUCAGACCUGCGCCAGAUGCCUCAAGGAGAUAUAUCUUCAACUGGAUGCAUUUUGGGACAGGAACAGUUGCUCAAGUCGUGGCUGUUGUCACCAUCUUCCUCGGGAUCCAUCAGCAAGCUCUGUCCCUGCCUGCUCCGUGGUCCACAGGGGUCUUGGCAUUCCUUGUGGUGUGGUUUGUGCUGGCAGAUUUGGUUCUGGAAGUCCAUCGAAGGGGGUUUUUACCUAUAGGUAAAUAUUUAAAAAAUGUCAAAAUCUACACUGAACAUAUCAAUUUUGACGACAAAGAGGAGGUUGUGUUUGUUCCUGAUGAGAAUGAGACUUAUAGCAUGGAAUCUUGUUUUAAAAACAUAGUUCUGGCUAUUUAUCUCUGUGGAAAUCUGGGAUUUCUGACUACUCUCCUUUGGAGUAUCAGAGCAGUAUGACACAAUCUCAGCAGUCGUUUCCACAUUUAGUCUCUGGAACUUUAACUAAUCGUGCCUAUUUUAAAACAAGCCAAAGAAAUAUGGAGUAAGAUUGAUUUAUGACGGGCCACCUGUCAAUUUACAGUGAUCAUUAGAAUGAAUUUGUCUGAUUUGAAAUUGCAUUUCUUGACUGCUUAGGUAUAAAUCAAUUUAGUAUAUAUUUUUUAGCACUUUUUGUAAUUAAUGUUUUUAUUAUAUAUGUACACAAUGGCUAACCUAUAAAAUUAUUUGUAGUAAAGAACAAUGUCAGCUUGUUAUUUAAAUGUCUGUUCCUGAUCUGCUUUAAGUUUGUAUUGCAUCUGAAGAACAUUUUUUCCUUUGUGUGAUUUGGUGACCGCAUUUAAUUAACAAUGUUUACAGAUCGGUCUUGAUGCUGUGUAUGUCUUUUUCUAAAUAUGAAAUAAUCAUGUUUUAACCACCUUAUUCUAGAUUCUAGUGCCUAAUAUUGAUUUGUGGAUUUAAAGACUGUUACUGUUGCCUGAAAUGUAAAUAUUAUUAACAGUGUAUCCAUUCUGUACAAAGACUGAAUAUAGUUUGGAUGAAGUGGACCAUUUAUUUGAAGUUUUUGCACAGAUGACAAUCUGUGACAGAUCAAUCAUCUUUUUAAAUAAAACUUGUGAAAUUAAACUGUGUUGCUAGAUUUCUCUUCUAGAAUAUGUUCAUACAUUUUGUAUUAAUAUGUGUCUUUACACUGUUAUUUUAGCCCUUUAGGAUCAUGGGUAGCUGUGCUGCUGGCUCUCUAUUUUAAACUUUUGAUGAAUUAAUUAUUUCAAAGGCUGCCAAAGUAAUGUGUGUGCAGUAAUUCUGUGUAUGAGGAAGUUUUUUCUCCUGUGAAGAGUUAUUUUAAUACAAAGACAAUAUGGUGCGGUUCCUCGUCAACAUAAUCAACUGUUUUAGUAUAAAUUGACAACUGCCUUUAAUUGACAUUUAUUUCUUAAUUUGUAUUUUGAACACGGUUGUUCAAACGGUAUGCAAAGCAAGUAUAUUCUUGAGACUGACUUGGAUUCAAAUUUUAGCAAGCAACACUGUUUUAUAAGCAUGGCGGUUUGACAUAAAUAUACACAAUCCGUGGACAACAAAGCAACAGGUCAUUUUUAAAUAAUAGAUUAUUUUCUAAGAUUAAUAUCAUUACUAAAUACUAGAUUUAAGCUUUUCAUACUAAGUAUAACUGAAGUACUGAAAUGUAAUCUGGAAAUGUAGUCCUAUAUUAUUAGAGCAAUCAUAGCAAUCAAAUUCAGAUCAAUUCUUUAAAAAAGGAAUAGUCCUUUGUCAAAAGAUACUAAUUGAUCUGUUUUCAGUGAUAUUUAACAAAAUACAUAGAUUUUGUAUACAUUUUCACUUAAAUUUUAUCCUAAAACCCUGUAAUACUGCUUCAUAUUUUCAUA